AGUGCGUGCAUCAAAAAAGUUGUUGAUGUUUGAAGAUGAUAUGUUUAUGCAAGUUAGCCACCGGGGAGGGAAUUUGUGGAGUCCGGCUCUCAACACGUUCUAGGUUGCACGCUUACUCAAUAGAUCCGCACCAUUUAUCAUAUUCCGGCAGGACCUCUCUAUUUUUUGAGCCUCCCUAUUCUGAAGGCCUUUUCCUUUUGCAUACAAGAAGAUUCAACUAGGGGAAUCGACCUGGCAGAGAGAGAAAGAGAGAGUUUGUGAAGAUGAUCGUUCUACUCGAUAACGUCUUGCAGGCAUAUGACGAUCCAGUACUUUUAUUUUUCCAUUACAUGAUGCACGUCUCCCACCAGGUAGAAAAGUUUUGUUUACUUUCCACAAAGGAUACCACAAUACCCGAGUAUCUGACUUCCUUAUCUGUCAGUGGGGACUAUUUGACUGGUAAGUUUGGACCUCGAGAUUUUCGAUGUAUAAUAUGGAGAGGAAAAAGAAUUGGUCCCGCAUUUGGGGCCAAUAAUGAAAAGCUCCAUGAUUAUACCAACAGAGAGAACAUUCAUGUUGACGAUAGAAACAUGCCAUCAAUGGAGAAAAAGUUUGAUGCUGUGAACAACAUAAGGCCCAAAAGCUUCCUUGGAUUCCCGUCUCUUGCAGCAAAAACUGAUUAUACAAUACCCGGCUUUUCUACCAAUACUGAUAGAAUUGAGCACAGCAUUGUUCCUGUACUCAAUGCUUCAGCCAGUGGCAAAGAACGAUUUUUAGAAAUCUGGGAUAUUUUAACUGAAGCAAAAUCGCAUUUUAAGCUUCCUCACGAAAUUGGAGUCGAUCCUGUAAGACGACUGAUGAGAAUACUGAAAUCCGCAAUAAAGCAUUUGCCCAAAAUGAAUACCCUGGAGCAUAUGAGAUACCCAUAUUGGGUAUGUGAUUAUUUCCUCCUAAGUGAAGAACAAGAAAAAAAUGUGAAACACUUGAUUGACAGAAUGAGAGCAGAACAAAUUAUGCUCCCACUUGUAGCUAUUUCAAAGCUAAUAGCAGAGUUUCAACAAGAUAUACUUGAAAUGAAAUCAUCGAGAUUUUUGAAAGACUCGAUACCAGUGAGUGAAUUUGCCAGGUAUUGUGUUCUAGUCAGGCAUAGUAUAUUUUCCGCUAAAGUGGGUUCCAGGAAGGAUCUGUUGUUGUUUUGGGAUGAAGUAUGGAAAGAGUGGCUUAGUUCUAGUGAUGAAGAAAGAAGUAAGAAAAUGCUGGGAUGUGCAGGAGUACAUCGCAGUUGGGCAGAUGACGAUGAAAUGAGACUGUUUGUAGCUUCAAGUGAGGACAGCGAAGAAGAAGGAGAAGUAGAUGAUUCCUUUGCAAGGUCAGUCACAGGUGGUAGUCAAGAUGGAGGACUGGAGCUUAUAAAGGAGUCUGAAUCUGAGGAAACGUUUGUGGACGGAAUUGACAUGAGCACUGCUAGCAGUAAAAUCGGGAAGUUUAGUUAUGUUGAUGAGCCGAUACUAAGCGAUUCUCCGCUUAUUGGCUCCACUGAAAGCUUAUCGAAGGACAUUUUUGAGGAUGUUGCAACUGCACUUGUGCGAGAAAUAUAUACCCCUCCAAAUAUUGAUGAUACAGAUGAUAAUUUACCCAACGAUUUUGGUCAAGCAAUUCCAGAAAAACUUGAACAUGCCUCAAAAACGAACCUAGAUGAGAUGCAUUUGCUACUCACUGAUAAAGUGAAAUCAGAAGAAACCGAGGAAAUCAUUAUUGAAAAGAACUCAGAAACUGAAAAUAAAAUUGAGCGUUCCACAACAACUACAAGUAAUGUACCCGACGACGGGGAAUCUCUUGCUGAAUCUACUCCUACACUUGAAACAAAUAUUGUUGAAGAUCACGAGAUAAAUACCACACAUGAAGCUACCGGUACUAUUGACCCACAGACCAAAGUUGACGAUUUGAAGGACUUUCUCCCUGAGGAGUCAAACGAGGAAACUCUUGGUAGUGGCGGAUUCAGAGAGCCCCUUGUGGAAAGCGAACUCAAGGGUCAAGAACAAUGUCACAUUUCGGCUUCGCCAACAGACCUACUUUAUAUAGUUUCCGAGAGUAAUGCACCAAUCGAUACUACACAAAACUACAAUGAUUACUUUGAUGGUGUCAAUGAAACAACGGAAUUAGGAGAAAACAUUGAUGAAACCAUACAGCAUUCUGCUUCUAAAAAUUACUUGGACAAACACCUUGAUUUCAGCUCAAAUGAUAUACAUUCACAUGGGUCCACAGAAACAAACGAAGAAACACAAACUAUGUUCAAUGACUCUGAUGAUAUAUACCCCGAUGAUCCAAGUCCGUAUGAUGAUUUUCAUAUAGAAGCAGAUAAGUUCAAACAGCCGGGGGCAUUGACUGCUGUAUUGGAUGUGUCAUCUACCGCUUCAAGCACGUGCCAUUCUGAAAAUGAAUACGAUGAGGUAGUAUCUCCAGUGAAAUCUGUAGAGUCUAGAGAUGAAAGCAUACCAGAGAAAAUUGAAAUGUUUGAGAAACUUGGAGGUCACAAACCAAUGCACAGACAUUUGCACCAUGCUCUUUCGAACGAGGAAAUCAAAUUCGAGAAGGCUGAUGGGAAUAACGUGAAAAGUAUUUUGAAACCCGUCACCAGCAGGCCAGACAAUGGCAUUGUCUUCCAGCUAAAAAAAUUUAUUGAAGACAAGCCUCAGUUGAUUUCACUCAAGGCGACUGAAGAUUUCAGCGUCUCAAAAGCAGACGCUGAACGCAAGCCUGCAAUGUCGAUCAAAAAGGGUAGAUCAAUAUCGGAGAUUUUUGCUGCACUUAUGGAUGAUAGUAUGAAGGAUUUAUCCAUUUCUGCCGAAUACAAAAACAAGAUUGUCAGGCCUCAAGAUCUUUACAAUCGUAUCAAGAUUGAGACCGACAAACCGUGGGAAAAGCUUUCAAGACGAACGAAAGAACGAUAUUACGGUGCUUUCUUAAGGAAAUACGAUGAUGCGUUGAAUAGACCGGAGAACUGUACGGUGGAUAUAGUGGAUAUUUUUGAGAUUGUGAAAGUAUGUGUUGAUUUCGAUGACGUUAAGCACGAGAUAGUGAGGUUUGCGAUCAAUAUCGUUGAAAGUAAGGAAGCAUUCGUGCCGAAGCAAAACAGUGACGAUGGCAUUGAGAGCGACUCGGACUGUUCGAGUGUUAGAAGCGGCAACGAAAGAGGGAGUUAUGACAGCAUCACGAGCCACGGUCUUUCUUCAGCCAGAAGCAUGAAUCGAACAUCGAGUGCUAAAAGUCUCAACAGUCUACGGGGGUUGAGGCUCAGCAGAGACUCCAGUUCCUCUUCUAUUCUUCUUCCACAAUACAAGAUCGAUGAGGUGAACGAGGUGCACGUGAAGGCGAGCCACGGCCACGGUGACGGUGACGCCAUUCGGAAAGAGGACAUAGUUUCCUGAACAUUUGAAGCAUACAGAGAUUUUGUAUUAUAGUAUGUUGUUACGAACUAAUAAACUAACGAGUAAAGAG